AUGAUUGUCGACAAUGAAAAAUCGAAUAAAAUUCUAACACAUGAAGAAUCAAUCACAACAAAUAUGAACGAUGAUCAAACAGCUUCUCUGGAGGUUUUACGUUAUUCAGUAAAUGAAUUACAACGAAAACAAAUCGAUAUUCAUCGGCAUAUUGGUCAACUAUCAUCUGUUAUGUCUGAUUUUGAAUAUUAUAUGGAACAGGUACGUCAAGUAUGUGAAUCAUCGAAUGAUGACAAUAAUGAAUUAUGUCAAUCACUAAUAUCUCAUCUUGAAUCUGUCAUUAAUGAUACACGAUCAGUUUUAGUUACUUCAUCGAAUAGUACAAAUGAUGCACAGCAAGUUCAUGAUCUUGUUGACCGUCUCUAUGAAGAAAAUCAACGAAUAGCAAACCAUAUUGAUGACCUAAUUCAACAAGAUCAAUUCGAUACGCAACUACAAAAUGAACAAGGAGAAGAAGAUCAUAUUCAAAAAGCAAUAGAACACAUUGAACUUGCUUUCGAAGAAAAUACUCGUGAACAAGAAUAUAUAAAUAAAGAACAAGAACAUUUUGAAAAUAAUCAAAAAACUAUUGAAUCAUUUAUUCAAACAACUGAACAAUUGCAUGAAGAAGCUUUAGGAACAUUACGAGAACAUAUUAAAGUAUUACGAGAACAAAAUCAAUCAUUAAAAUACUAUAAUGAACAGAUUGAUAUUCUUACAAAACAAUUACCUCUAACAUCAUUAUUGCAUUCUUAA